AUGCAAACUCCAUCAGCACCCGUUGUAGUCGGCGGAGGCACCACUGUCAUCGCAGUCAGCGGCGGUCGGCAUAGCAAUGGUGCCGUCAAAUGGGCUGUGGAGUACCUCCUAAAGAAGAACUCCUCAUGCAUCCUUAUCCAUGUUCGAACCAAGUCCGUAAAUACCGAAGAUGUUAAUGAUGUACCCAAACAUGGUCGUCCACCAACUGACGAAGAAUUGCACAAUUUCUUUCUUCCCUUCAGAGGCUUUUGUGCCAGAAAAGGGAUCACAACAAAGGAAUUGGUUUUGCAUGACCUUGAAGUUUCAAAUGCAAUUGUUGAUUACGUUGUUGAAAAUUGUAUUACCACCGUUGUUGUUGGUGCUGCUACUUCUCCCUGGAGUUCUCUUAUAAGGAGAUUUAAUAGAGACGAUGUGCCAACUAGUUUAGCAAAAUCUCUACCAGAUACUUGCUCGUUAUAUGUUAUAUCAAAAGGAAAAGCACAACAUAUUCGACCAACCGGUCAUCAUGUUCAUCAUCAGCAUAUUAAAGCCACACCAACUGGAUCCGUGAAAGACACUGUCAUUCUCUUGGAAAAUGCUCCAUUGGUUCAUCCACAUAAGGAUCUCGCUGAUAUCCAGGUAGCUUGCGAAAAUAUAAAGAGGCAACCAAUCAAAGAUGAAAUUAGCCGAGAGUCUAGUAAACUUUGGGAAUCUUUAAAUGAAAUAAAAGAUGUCAUCCUACAUAAGUCCAAUGAAGAUUCCAAUUCACCAAGAGGUCCAACUGAAUAUGCCUCAUCACAAUGUUCAUCAACCAGAAGUUCUCCUGGAAAUAGUGACAGCACAGGGCAAUCACUUGGUCCUCCUUUGACUCAUACGUCAAAUGAAAACCACGAAGUAGUUGUAAACUCAAACAAGCCUAAGAACAAUGCUGCUUCAAAAGCAGUAAACUUGGAGAAGGAAAUGAGGAAAUUGAAAUUAGAACUGAAGAAAACUACAGAGAAGUAUGGUAUGGCUUGCAAAGAAGCUGUUUUAGCAACACAAAAGGUAAUGGAGCUUGAAAAGUCUUGGCAAGAAAAGGAACGUGAUGUAGAAGAAGCAAAACUUGCUGAAGUGACUGCAUUGGCUUUGGCCGAGGCAGAGAGGCAAAGAGCCAAACUGGCUGCUGAAUCAGCAGAAUUGUCAGAACGCCUAGCAAGAAAGGAGACUGAAAAGAGAAGGGAAGCUGAAUUAAGGGCCAAGAAUGAGCUAGAACAGAGGAAUAAAGCAUUGCAUGAAGUUGUCUGUAAUAGUAUUCCCUGUAGAAGAUAUAAAAUCGAAGAAAUUAAAGUUGGAACAAAUAAUUUCAACAAUGUCUUGAAAAUUGGUGAAGGUGGAUAUGGACCUGUUUUUAAAGGAGUGCUUGAUCACACGAUUGUUGCCAUUAAGGCCGUGAGACCAGAUAUAGCUCACGCAGAAAAACAAUUUCAACAAGAGGUUAUUGUCUUAAGCACCAUAAGACAUCCAAACAUGGUGCUUCUCUUAGGAGCAUGUCCGGAAUUCGGAUGUCUUGUUUAUGAGUACAUGGUAAAUGGAAGCUUAGAAGAUCGUCUCUUUCGAAAAAACAGCACUCCUCCAAUCCCAUGGAAAACACGUUUCAAAAUAGCGUCUGAGAUUGCCACUGGUCUUCUUUUUCUUCAUCAGACAAAGCCCGAACCCCUCGUACACCGUGACUUGAAACCAGCAAACAUCCUUUUAGACAAGAAUUACGUGAGUAAGAUUAGUGAUGUUGGUUUGGCACGACUUGUUCCUCCUUCAGUGGCUAACAAAACCACACAAUAUCAUUUGACUGGUGCAGCUGGAACAUUUUGUUAUAUUGACCCUGAGUAUCAACAAACAGGAUUGUUGGGUGUGAAAUCAGACGUAUAUUCAUUAGGAGUGGUGUUGCUACAAAUCAUCACAGGAAAACCUCCAAUGGGUUUGUCACACUUAGUUGAGGAGGCUCUUUUGUCAGAUACUUUUAGUGAGGUGCUUGACCCUAGUGUUUCAGAUUGGCCAAUGGAAGAGGCUUCAUCAUUUGCUAAGUUGGCCUUAAAAUGUUGUGAAUUGAGAAAACGCGAUAGACCAGAACUUGGAAGUGUUGUCUUACCAGAGUUGAAUAGAAUAUCAAGGAUAUGGGAUGAUGAGGACACACAUUCCCCAAAAAAUUAUUACAUGGUUUGA